GUGGAAAGAGGUCAAAACAUUCGGGAAGACAAGGGGUGGUCGAAGGCUGUGGGCUAUACAUGUCACAAAAAGGGUGCGAGGUGGACCGAGGGUGGUGGAGGUCUUUGUGAGGUCGAAUGGGAUUGAGCUGUGUUAUCUUCAAGGACGUAUUCCCAUCCAGCAUUAUCCCUCGCGCUUGUAGCCAUUCUGGCCUCUAGUGAGGACUCCAGCGACGGUGGUUUUUCGCCCCCACCGCGAAAGAAAACAAGGCUUGGUAGCAUGCAGCAGGCCACGAAUGGAUGUUCCGAAAAUGCUGCACACGGCGAUGGAGCCUCUUCCACCAUCAAUGGAUCUUCAACCAAUGGACAAAGCUCAUCUGGAAGACCGCCUAAAAUAUCGAAGAGGGAUGUCGAUGUUAUCAGGCUGGUUGGACAGUACCUUCAGGAUCUUGGACUGACUAAGAGUGUGGAGCAGCUCAUGCUGGAGUCUGGACUCUGCCUAGACCAUCCUGCAGCUGCCAGAUUUCAUGAGCACAUUCUGUGUGGGGAAUGGGUCAAGGCUGAGGCAGACCUGCAGGAGCUGAAAGGACUGCUGGAUCAUCCAGAGGAUGUGACUAAGAUGCGGUUUCUGCUGUUGGAGCAGAAGUACCUGGAGCUGCUGGAAGAUGGACGUGCCAUUGACGCCCUGGACGUGUUGCGCCACCAGCUGACGCCGCUCAAGCACAACGUCCAGCGGGUCCACCAGCUCAGCAGUUACAUCAUGUGUAGCACGGCGGAGGACCUGCGGGAGCAGUCCGGCUGGCCGGGCGCCGGCGCCGAGUCUCGCGGCCUGCUGAUGUCCCGCCUGCAGCCGUUCCUGCCGCCCUCCGUCAUGGUGCCCGGCAGCCGGCUGGAGACGCUGCUGCAGCAGUCGGCCGAGCUUCAGCGCAGCCGCUGUCCCUUCCACAACACGGCCGCCGACAGCGCCGAUCACGGCCUGCUGGUCGAUCACCUCUGCUCAAGGGAACAGUUCCCGACCGAAACGGUGCAGAUUCUGCGCCAACACAACGACGAAGUGUGGUUUUGCAAGUUCUCGCCGGACGGCCGGAGCCUGGCGUCCGGCUCCAAGGACAGCACCAUCAUCGUGUGGGACGUGGACACGGAGUCGCUGACGGUGAAGCCCCGCCACACGCUGGUGGGCCACAGUGACGGGCCGCACGGCUACCCGCUCUGCUACCUGGCCUGGUCUCCCGACUCGCGCUACCUGCUAGCCGCCCACGAGUCGCCCGAAGUCCGGAUCUGGGAUGCCGUCCAGGGAACCCUGGAGAAGAGUGUCAACCACGCCAGUAACGACGCCAUCAUGUGCGGUGCCUGGCAUCCGGACAGUACCAAGUUUGUGUGCGGUGGCACCCACGGACAGUUCUACCUCUUCGAUAUCCGGGGCACGCAGCACGACCGCUGGGAGGGCGUGCGCGUGCGCUCGCUCUGGUUCCAGAACGAUGGUCAGACCAUACUGGCCGCCGACACCCACAACAGGGUCUGCGGAUACUACUCGGAUGACCCCAAGCCAUACGAAAUUCUGACCGAGAGUGGCGACGUGAUGUCCAUGUGCAUCAAUGACACGGGCACGCUGGCUGCACUCAACGUGGCCAACCAGGGCGUCCACCUCUGGGACCUGCAGGACAAGGUUCUGCUGAGGAAGUUCCAGGGCCUUACGCAGGGCACGUUUACCGUAUACGGCUGUUUCGGUGGCCUAAAUCAGGAAUUUGUGGCCUCAGGCAGUGAAGAGUGCAACGUGUACAUUUGGAACACGCGGCGCGAGAAGCCGGUGGCCGUGCUGCAGGGCCACACCAACACGGUCAACUGCGUCACCUGGAACCCGCAGUGCCCCAGCAUGCUGGUGUCGUGCAGUGACGACAGCACCGUGCGCGUCUGGGGUCCGGCGGGCCCGCACCGAGCCGCAGCGACGGGCCGGGCGGCUGCUGCCAGCAGCGGGGCUUCCGAUCUCGCGAGCAACGGCUCGUCGGCCACGUAAGCGUGGCCGCCGGUCACGCCGUGCCUUGGCCGCCCGGGCGCUUUCUCGUCACAGUGGUCUCAGCAGGCGGUGCGCUCAGGGGCGCGGGGCGGCCGCUCGGCUCGGACGAGCCACCUCUGUGCCGCGUGGAGCCGGCCGCCUCUGCCGUCGCCGACAGGCGCGCCGACUGCCGCCCACCUCAUCACGCGCCCGGCGACAAGCGAACCGGCGAUCUGACGUCAGACGUCUCAUCCCGCUGCCGGCGCGGGCCGCUCCGCCCUCUGCUGGUGGGAGCCGCCCGCCGUCCCUCCGCCGGUGGGGGCUGGCCCUCCCUCUGCCGGUGGGAGCCGCCCCGCCCUCCCUCUGCCGGUGGGAACUGCCCCGCCCUCCCUCUGCCGGUGGGAGCCGCUCCCCCUGCCGGUGGGGCCGCCCAGCCCUCCCUCUGGUGGGAGCCGUCCCGCCCUCCUGCCGCUAGGAGCCACCCCGCCCGUCCCUCCGCCGGUGGGGGCCGUCCCUCCCUCUGCCGGUGGGAGCCGCCCCGCCCCUCCCUCGGCCGGUGGGAACUGCCCCGCCCCUCCGUCGGCCGGUGGGCGGGACCUGUCCCUGUUUUCUGGCUUGGCAUCUCCCACCCUCGGCCGGUAGAGCCGUCCCUGACGUUCUCGCGUGUAGCCGGCUUUGUCCUCUCAAUGUUAGCUGACUAAGCCUUUACCCGGUGUCAGCCAGACUAACUAGCCCUCCCCCGAUGUCAGCUGUCUCAUCGUCCUCAUGGCAGCCUCCUCGUCCUCCCGGUGUCAUCCAGUUCAGCCCGUUCCCAGCUGUCAGCGGGGCCAUCCGGCCUUCGCAACGCUUCUUUUGUAAGGCCCCCAGCCUCGUAUGGCCUGAGACUGCCUUGCUGCACGCAAGCCUGGGAUGGAAACGGCACGAGCUGCUCGAGUGGCGUGGAAUGCCUGCUCUCUUGUGCGUGUGUGGCAAGGCAGGCAUCCGUACAGCAUUGGUUAAGAAUGGUAUCUGGAGAGGUUGGCUCAGGAAUCUCGUGCAGAGUGGAUAUCUGCAGCAUAGUAUGGAGUGGCAUGCAUGUGCCGUAACAUGGUUUGUGUGUGGCGUGGGCGGCAGCUUGAUCCAGGUGAGGGGGUCUGCGUCGGUGGUAUCCAGAGCGUCGCAACCGGGCGUUGCGCUGUGUGCCUGGCUCCACCAUCUUGGCUCGGCUCUGUGCCUUCCGCCACAGCCUAGCGGCCUGUUGCCGUGCCGUUGCUUGCUCGAGCGGCCCGACCCGGCCGCGGGCUGCCCCGCCACCAGGUCCGUACCAAGCUGGCUUGCUUCAGUCGAAAAGCCCCGCCCGGCCGCCGGCCCUCAACCGUCCCGUGCUGUCCCAUUUCAGGCCAGUCCUACCGACUGAUCACACCCGUCCCAGCUGGCGUACUGCGGUGCGGACCGUCUUGCAUUUGUGCAGAUCGGUCUCCAGGGGUGACUGACGGGCCCAGGCCGGUGGGGUGGGGCGCUGAUGCCUGUCGACGACGGGCAGUGGUUCCUGCUGAUGGCGGGCGGUGGUGCAUGCUGAUGAUGGGUGGUGGUCCCUACUGGUGGCGGGCGGUGGUCUCUGCUGGCGGGGGAUGGUGGUCCCUGCUGACG